AUGUUCUACAUGGGGAACGAGCGAGACGACAAGCGUCGCAUUCGCCUCGCGGAGUCUAAAGACGGGCGCAAGUGGACGGUCGAUCCCGAUUACGUUGUCGAACCUGGCUCCGAAGAAGGGUCCGACGUAUCGGGAGGCAACCUCUGGGAGUGGCAGGGAGAGCUUUACGUGAUCUAUCACGCGUCGAACGGCAAGAGCUAUGCCCGCACAAUCGACAAGACCCUGCGCAACGUCGGCUCGAAACCGAUCCUGCUCCACAAGGCCAGCGGCAGCGGCGACGAUGUUGGCCGUGUGGCUGCCCCGGAGAUUGUCAACUUUGGCGGCCAGCAGCUAUUAUUUUACGAAUCGGGGGAUCGUCUCGGAGCAACCAUUGCUUGGGCGAAGACUGGUUAG